AUGACUCCCCGGAGCUACUGCACAGGGGUGCUAUUGUCCUUAGUGCUGCUGCCAGUUUUACUGGAGGCCACUUCUUUGUCCAAGGUUAUCUAUAAGAGAGCUUUGAUCCGUGGUGUCCUUCCCAAUCCAGCUGUGGACAGACUUAGCAUCGACCCUGUCAAAGCAAACGACUUCCUGUCCAGCUCCCGGCCCAGACGUGCUGUCGAUCCCAAGUGGUUUCGCAAAACCCCUGAUUUCCAGUCCUACUACCGCUACUACAACAGCAUAGGACACUAUGAAGGGCUGUACGAGAUUGACAAGAUCAGAAUCCUGUACCAGCAGAUGCGUCACCUAGAACUGGAACAUGGGCCUGACGCCUCCAGAUACCAGAACCUCCUAGGUGCUCAACCAACCCCACCUCCCCCCACACCUGCCCCCACCACUCCCCCUCCCCCCACCACACAGCCCCCACCACCGCCACCAACACCGGCACCCUACUCUCAGGCUGCUGUCAUGUACCUCUGCAAUCCCAAGGACCCUCAGUGCAAAGCAAACAUUGUGUACAUGCCGUUGGGUGCUGUGCCCAUUCUGUGCGACCCUCGUCACCACCCAGCCUGCAAGCCCACCAUAGUGGAGGGCCCCAUGGGGCCUGUCGCCCCUGCACCCCAAAUAUUAGACACCCCCCAAGCCCCACCGGCCCUGAUCUUCAAAGGCAUGGAGUAUGACUGCGACCCCUACUGGGAUCCCGACUGCCUGAUCGAUCACCCACCACGGGCUAUUGUGGAGGAACCCCAGGCAGCCCCAGCCGCACUGGCUACCAAGGCCCCGCCUGCUCCACCCGCUCCCAAGGACUCUGAUGAGUAG